AUUAAUAACUCUCGAGUGCGCCUCAAACCCAAAUCCAAACUGACACCCAAAAUACAGAAACUUCUUAACCAAGAGGCAAGAAAUUGUACACUCAGUUUUAAAGAAGCAAAAAUUGUGAAAAAAUACAAAGACUCCAAAAGUAUAUUGUUGAUUACUUGUAAAACAUGCAACAGAACAGUUAAACAUCAUGGUAAAAGCAGAAGCUUUUUAUCUUCACUGAAGAGCAGUCCUACCACUCCUAUGACUAAACUCGGCCUGAAGACACCAGAGAGGAGGACUCCAAGUUCUACAAACCUAAAUCAUAUGUGUGGUUCCAAAGGCAAGAGCCCAGCCUUUGUAUUCAGGACACCGACAUCUGGACAGUCAACACCCACUUGCUCCUCAAAGAGCACGAGCAAAACUAAGAAACACUUAUCUAAAUUAAAAAUGUUGCUUAGUCAGAGUGAAUCCCAAAAGAAUUCAAAAGUAGACUUCAGAAAUUUCUUAUUGUCUUUGUAAAGGAUAGGUUGUGAAAAUAAAUGUUUAAUGCUGC